AUGAAUAUCUGGCUGCACACCUACACCCUAGAUGUUCCCUUCUUUCUGAAAAAUGUGCGCCACACGGGAAUCGAAGUUUUCGGGAACGAGUACACGUUCUCCAUGGACGGAAUCACGACAUGCAAGCCCAAGAGGUCGACCAUCGGGCAGUACUGCAAGAGCUAUGAACUGACCUUCGUGGACAUAACGUAUGCCCAGUUUGCUGAAAUUUUAAACGCCCUCGGAAAAAUAUACAGACCUAACACCUACAACUUUGUGUGUAAAAACUGCAACCACUUCUGCGAUGACUUGUUUGAGUUGCUCAGUGGCAAAAGAUUGUUUCAUACAUUUAUGAUUUAUUCUCGGUUGGGAAAAUUAUUCGGCAACUUUAAGAACCUAGCCUUGUGUGGGUACAUCGACUCCAUGGAGCUUUCCGGCAAUGACAAGGAGAUGUACGUGUACGCGCUCAAGCUGUCCAAGUCGAUCAUACGGCGGAAUAGGAACUCGCCAGUCGGAGUGGCGAGCAAAUCACAGAGCGGUUUCCCCACUACCUUACCUUCCAGCUUGGCGGGAAAUUUCACAAGCGGCCUGCCCAGCAACUUGCCCCCAUGCUUGACGAGCGGCUUGUCUACUGUCCAUUUCAACAAACCAAGCGAAGAUUACUGCAGUCGAUUUUGCAACCCGCCCCCGAUAUAUGUCAUCCCGUACACCCCUUACGUGAAUGACUCUUGCAUGGUUCAAAACGUCUCUUACGGCGAGAAUACCUUUAACGGUCCCAUGGACAGCCUGCCUGAUGAGACGCACAAGGGGUUUUUCACGAAUGGCCAAUUCAGAACUAUUUAUUCGAUUAGUACGAGUGACAGCUUUUCAAUGGCAUAA